AUCGAAAGAGAAAAUAGAAAAAUCAUGGGGUCGGAAGCAGAUGAAAAUUGGGCUUUUGAUGCAUUCAAUGACGGCUCAAUUAAGAUUGUGAGCGAAGUGCAACUUAGAAAAUAUGGGCAGUUUUUGGAGGAGUAUGCAACCCAAUUAAAGGGAAUCGAAGAUGCGUUGGACGAAUGGACUGGGGAAUCCUGGGAUUUUUCACUUGAUCCAAUCGAACUUCAAGUUCUGCCAUAUGAGAAAGCAAGAUUUAACGAACUAAUUAAGACAGAAAAUAAGAUUUUAAAUAAAGUCAUUCUGGUGUUCUCUGCUAUUUGUUCUGAGAUAAGUGAGCUGAAACAUGAGGCAGUUAACAAGUUCUACCAUCCACUCUUACUCUUCGAGGAGUCAGUUUCGGAUGCAACACUUCCCGAAGGUGAUGCCCAAGUCAAACUUGGUAGAUUGCUCCCUCUUUUACAGGAGAUAUCAAGUUUUGUUUAUCGGGCAAAUGAUGUUACCAAACAUGUUAUCCAACAACUCAGCUUACUCUAUGCCAAGACCGGUAAAAGAGUUCUUGAUGUGUCCGAUGUCCAUUUUGCUACAAUAUUUGAUAAGUUGGGUGAUUUGUUUUCAAUCCUGAUCACUCUUGAUGAAAUCAUGAACGAAAGCACUGGCAUUCAUGAAAACUGGAAAAGAUACAAGAGAAUGCUGAAGUCGGUACAACAUAACCCAGGUGUUUUCAGUGUGAAGCCAGAUCAACUCAGACCAUUAGAGAAGUGGAUAAUGAAGAUUGAAGGGCAAAUAAUGGAUGGUUUGAUCUUUGAUAAUUGUGUGAAGCAAAUCUUUGACUCGCCAGCUAUUCCUGUGAGUGGCAAUCGUGAAUUUCUUGAAGAAUUUUCGCAUCAUCUACAAGUGAUGUUCGCGACAAUCGAGCCAAAACUAGGGGAAAACGGUGAAAUUGAUCAAAGAAAGAAUUUCGUUUGUUUUUUGGCUCUCUAUACGUUGUAUGUGCAUAUAUUUCGGCAAUUUGACAAGAAAUUUUUGAAGCAAAUUUUGGAUGUUCAUAAAAAGAUUCCUGCCAUUCAUUUGGUUGGCAAUGUUUUGUUCUUUCCCAACGAGUUCAUUCAAUCAAAAAUUCCGCAACUUCAGAAAAUUAUCGAUCGGAAACAAGAAUUACUUGUGAGGUCAUCUAGGGAGAGUUUUCUCAGCACUGCUAGUCAAAAUCUGCCAAGAGAAGCGAAGAAUAUGAAUUUGCAAGUCAGUGCAUGGAUGGUUCUUAUGGAAUCAAGUUUGAACUCUGGAGAGAGUUUGACUGAAAAUCUCAAUAAGAGAUGUUCAUUAUUUCUAAAGGGUAUCCUGUAUGCGUCGACCAUUAGUCAUCGUGUAAAGACAAUCAUGAAUCUUCACUUAGCAAUGAACACACCGAUGACGAAAUCCGCCGUUCUGGCACUCUGCAAACUUGUGGAACUUCUAAAAGCCAUCGAACAUACUUUUCAUCGUCGUAGUAUGUUGAUAGCGGAGAGUGUUACUCAUAUCAUACAAUAUCUAUCGUAUCUUGCUUUGAAUUUGUUGGAAAACGUAAAGAAUCGUAUUGCUGCCGAUAAGAAAUACACUCACAGACGUUUGGAUGUGUUGGCCGCAUUGUUAAUGGCUCAAAAUGCUUUAAAUGGAAUGGGAACCCGCGAGAGACGUCUUGUGGCAAAACUUGGACUACAUGUUGCGACGCAGACGAAAACAUUUCGCGAAGAAGAGCUGAAUAAUUUGACGCAGGUUUUGAAGAAACACGAAGUUGUUUGCGAACUGAGAAACAAAUUGAAAGAAGUUUGUGAUUGCAGCUUCCUCUACUGGCACAGGGUAGUUUUCCCGACCUACUUAAAUGAUGUUGUAGAAAAAGUUACUGAUGCUCAACGAGUUCAUUAUAUGUUUGGUGCCUUUCGCGAUUGCGUUCUACCGUUGAAACAAUCCCGCCACGAUUCACCAGAAACAAUGUUGGAGGCGUUUGAUCAUGAAAUAAGCAAGCAAUUUAACGAGCAUUUCCUUGAACCCGUUUGUCGACUCAUCGAAACAGAUCUUCGUCUUUAUAUUCAUCAGCACUUACAAGUUGGCGAUAGGAAUCCAUUCAGAGUUGGCGUGAAGGAUCUGUCACAAUUCCUCAAAAUCAAACCAAUUAGAUUCUUUGAUCGACUCAUUAACGUCAAAGAAUAUGUUGCUCACUACUUGGAUGCAACCUUUUAUAAUUUGACAACGGUUGCUUUGCAUGAUUGGAAGACGUACGGCGAGAUGAAGAAUGCCGCUGUACAAAGAUACAAUUUGUCGAUGACAGAGGCUCAUCUUCCCAGUCAGACCCUAGAGCAGGGUCUCGAUGUCCUUGAAAUAAUGCGAAACAUUCACGUUUUUAUAUCAAGAUACUUGUACAAUUUAAAUAACCAGAUUUUUGUUGAGCGUUCUUCUAAUAACAAACAUCUGAAUACGAUCAACAUACGACACAUCGCGAACUCUAUCCGAACCCACGGUUCCGGCAUCAUGAAUACGACUGUGAAUUUUACCUAUCAAUUCCUUCGAAAGAAAUUCUUUAUUUUUUCUCAGUUUUUGUACGACGAACAUAUCAAAGGACGGGUACUCAAGGAUAUUCGAUAUUUUAAGGAGGUGCGCGAGGAGACUGGGCAAAAGUAUCCGUUUGACCGAGCGGAGAAAUUCAAUAAGGGAAUACGUAAACUUGGCUUGACCCCAGACUCCCUUAGCUAUCUCGAUCAAUUUAGAGAGCUCAUCACUCAAGUUGGUAAUGCAAUGGGUUACAUCAGAAUGGUUAGAUCUGGUGGUCUUCACUGCGUCUCAAAUGCCAUAAGGUUCGUCCCAGACUUGGAAGAUAUUAUGUCUUUUGAAGAGCUUGUGAAAGACGAAGGAUUAUCAGUAGAAACAAACGAAGCAGCUAAGAAUCUUGACGCCGCCAUUGGCAACCUUGCAAAGAAUUUUGCUGAAGGGACGGAUUACUUUAAGCUUUUAGUCGAUGUGUUUGUCCCUCAGUUUCGAGACGUAAAGAACAUGCAUUUGAGAAAUUUUUACAUCAUAAUUCCUCCAUUGACGAUAAACUUUGUCGAGUACUCCAUGAAUCGCAAAGAAAAAAUGAACAAGAAAAACAAGGAAGGCGCCGCGUUCACUGACGAUGGCUUUGCAAUGGGAGUGGCGUACAUUCUUAAAUUGCUAAAUCAAUACAAAGAAUUUGAUUCUCUUCAUUGGUUUCAGUCUGUGGAUCAAAAAUACCUGACUGACAUGCGUAAAGUGUCGCUGUCUUUGAAUGGCAAAGGAGGACGAGAUGAAAAGCUUCAGCAGACGUUGAGUUUAACUCAAAAACGACUUUCAGCUUUUCAAAGGGAAUUCGAACUUCUCUACUACUCCUUGAGCAGCGCGCGAAUUUUUUUCCGAGCGGAUAAAACGGAAGCAGAAGAAAAAGAAGAAAAAGAGCAAAGUCAAGCCGGUGAUAAUGAUACGGAGACCGACGGAAGUGGUCCUUCUACACCAAACGUCAACAGUGAUAACACGCCAAAUGAUUUAGGUAAUUCCACAUCUACACCUCCCCCACCUCCACCGCCUCCUCCCCCACCCCCACCACCUCCAAUGUGAAGAAAUUUUAAUGAAGAAUUAAAGUUAGCGUAAUGAUAAAUUGUUAGAUUGAAUCUCGAUUUUCGAUGUAGUUUAUAAAAUACAUAAUGAAACGGAAA